CGGUUUCUGUUUAUUCUCUAUGGUAUUUUUGCGUGCUCUGCUUUUUUGUUUUCUUUCUUAGUUUUUGUGUGCCGGCAUUAUUGUUUCCAAAGUUUUACAAAAUUGCAUUAGAUCUAAAUGAACAAAAGUAUAAUUAAAAUCUAAUAAUGGACGCAAGAGUACGAAAGAGUUGCCCCAACUGCAGCCAAUGCUUUUCUUUAAAAUCACAGCAGCAGAAAGGGCGGGUUCCCCUGCUGCUGCAAUGUGGGCACUCCGUGUGCGAGGUCUGCAUCAGGAAUAUGGUGAAGUUCACCGAGCCCAUCAACUGCAAGGUCUGUGGCCGGGACAUGGAGCUGUCGCAGAGUGACCAGAUGCUCUGCCAGGCCGACCUGCAUGCCGUCUUCCCCGUCAAUAUUUAUACACUCGGGGAGAUUGUGCUCAAUAUGGAGGGAUAUAACUCACCUUCUACUCAAGACAGUAGCUGCUACAUUGAUCUGAAAGAACUUUUGAAUUCAGUGGAUCAUGCAAAAAGUAAUUGUAUUGAGUGCAGAGGCAGUACCUCUAAGAUGUGCCAGCAGUGUGUCACAGUCAUGUGCGAGGGAUGCUUCACUAAAACACACAAGUUCCAUGUCUUCAAGAGCCAUGUUCUCAAAGAUAUAGCCUUAGAUGUGGAGCCCAGUAACUGUAAGGUUCACAAGGUCAAGUCUCUUGACUAUUACUGUAAGGACUGUUCCAAGCUGCUGUGCAUGGACUGUAUGAUAGUUGGCGGGGAGAAGUCUUGCAAGAACCACACCGUCAUCUCAGCUGAAGAGUUGAAUGAAGGGGCAUAUGAAGAACUCAACGAAAUAUGUCCUAAAGUAGAUGAGACAUUUAGAAGACUCACCAAAACUGCUGUGGACAUCGGCAACCUUCUAAACACCACUGAAACAGGGUUGGGAGACUCACAACUUAACAAGACCAAGAUUCAGAUCCAACACCACUUCUCCAAGCUCCACGCCUCCAUUCAGAAGCAUGAGGAGGAAAUCAUGACAAUUAUGGAUAAACUGGUGCUCUCUGAGAAGCAAUCUUUGCAGAAGGCCAAGACUUCUGUGGCCGACAAUAUAAAAAAAGCCAAAACUGUGCUGAACAAAAUGAACACUGUUUUGAAUCCGGAGAAGGAGACUAAGGGCAAUGUGAUUGCAUUACUGGAAGAAGCGAAGGAAGUGAUAAACACCCCAUGGUUCUUGAACAAAGACGAAGAUAAUACUAGCCCUCUCAAGGUGGCAGUGAACGAGGACCUGUGCGCGCUCAUCAGCGACUACGUCCACUUGGAGGGCAACGCCAACUCCGUGUACAAGCUGAAGCGCACGCCCGAGAUAGGUGAAGGAGUGGAGGUGCCGCCCGCGCCGCCCAAGCCUGUGUUCCCGCCGGACAUGUUCAAAGUAUCAUUGGCAGAUGUCCGCGAGAUGUACAAGAAAGACGCCCCGAAGCCCAAGCAACCUGAGCAAAGUUACUUCGCGAAUGUUCCCCGCUAUAGGAGCAAGAGUGGGUCGACAUCGUCCAUCAACUCCAUCAAUAGCGACUCCUCGAAUAAGGAAAAGAGGUUUCCGAGCGGUGCCGGUGGCGGCCAAACCUACGCUCCCCGGGUCCAUACAGUCUCCCCAUUUACUGAGACGAAUAGCCCUAAACAACUCUUUGAAGGGUCGCAAGAGCUGAUCUACAUCUCGCACAUCAUCGCGCCGGACGACCUGUACGUGCAGCGCGCGUGCCACCAGCGCCUCGUGCGCGAGAUGCUGCGCGAGUUCCGCAACGCCGUGUCGUGGCCGAGGCCCUCCGCCGCGCACGUCGCCGAAGGCAAGAUCUACCUGGCGUUCAACAAGGCGUUAAAAGAGUGGCAGCGCUGCCGCGUGGUGAACAUCGACCGACGCGACGUCAACAAGCCUAUUUGCUACGUGUUCUGCAUCGACUUCGGCAGCACCGAGGCCGUCACUUUGGACAAUCUCCGUCUCCUACCGGCGGCGCGGCUGCAGUCUCCGCCGCCGCUCGCCAUGCACUGCGCGCUGGCCAACUGCGCGCCGCGCGCGGGCGCCUGGGCCGCCGAGGACUCCGUGCUCAUACAGAAGAUUAUUGACAACAAGCAGGCGGUGAUCCACGUGCGGCGCAUCAUCAGCCCGUCCAACUACAGCGUGACGCUCGAGUGUGACGUCACCACGUUCGAGGACGGCGUGAGUCUGGCGCACGCGCUGGUGUUCCACGAGCGCGCCAGGAUGCCCAACCCGAGGCUGCAUUAUCCAAAAAUCAACGGGUUGAUGGAAAGACCGAAAAUAUUCUUCGGAACUACGGACUACAAGUCGAAAGCGGUGGAAGAGGUCUUCAUUACAUACGUCGUCAGUCCGGACAAGUUUUACGUCAGAAAGACCCACUUGCAGCCGACAUACGAAAAGUUAUUUGAAGAAUUGGAGGAAGAAUACAGCUUGAGUGUGACCGCUGGCACUGUGUACUGCCCACAGGAAGGCAUGGUAUGCGUCGUCAACAUGGACAAGUACGUGAACACGACGGGCUCGGGCGGCGGCUGGCGGCGCUGCGUGGUGGAGGCCACGCCGGGGCGGCUGCGCGCGCGCGUGCUGUGCGUGGACACGGGCGAGCUAGCUCUAGUGCACUACUCGGCGCUGAGGGCCGUGCGCGAGCAACACACACGACUGAAGGCUCUCGCCGUGGAAUGCCACCUGAGCGGCGUGACGCCCCUCAACAAGAAGUGGAGCCCCGGCUCCGUUUCUCUCCUCGAGUCGUUCCAGCACCGCCCAAUAGAGCUUCAUGUUGAGGAAACCCGCGGCAAGUCGGUGGGAGUGACGCUGUACGAGAAGAGCGACCCCGAUGACGUCGUCUGUGUCAAUACGCUGAUGAUCAAACACAAGUUUGCCGUCACUAUCGGAGUAUUCAUGUUCAACAAGAACUUGUCACCGGAGAGCCAGUCGUUCACGAAGACGCCCCUGGACAAGGUGGACAACCCGAGGCCGAAGAAGAAGCCAGAGAAGGAAAUUCUAAAGAGAGGAGAGCCGACCGUCUCGCCUACCAAGAAAAUAAAAGACAACGAUCUGCACGCAAAAGACAAGGGGCCCAUUAAGCUAGAAGUGAAAAUCUUGUCGUGCCACUCGCCUUCCCUGGUCUACGUCUCACUUAUCGACCAGCAAAAAACGCUCAAAGAACUGUUUGACACCAUCCAGGACUACUACUCCAAGAACAAGUUGCCGAGCAAGGACGAGUGGCAGGUCGGCGACCGCUGCUGCACCGUGUGCCUCGAGAGCAAGACGUGGCGCCGCGCCGUCAUCAUCGAACUACAAGGCACCUCCGCCAAAGUGUUCUACUCCGACUUUGCGUGCGUCGAAACGGUCCCCAUAUCACAGCUGAGGGAACUAGUGCCAGAGUUCCAGGGCAUAGGGGACGCGGCCAUCAAGUGCCAUCUCAGCGGAGUCAUCCCGGCCGUCGGCGAGGAGUGGCCCACUCUCACCAAGGAAUACCUCAACGAGCUAGUGGAAGCGUACCAAAGAAUAUUCAUCACUAAGAACGGCUCGAUAAAGAACAAGAGUCUGCCGGUGGAGCUGUGGGUCUACCACGUGAUCCAGGGAGGUGCCUUGGAGCCCAAUAAGGCGGAGUGGCGCUGCCUCAAUAGGAAUAUCAUUGAGCAAGGUCUCGGCGUGCCUGAUAAAACGCAGCAGGAUGAAGCAUCGAAGGAGAAAGACAAAGACAAGGACUCUGACGACAUGAUCAAAUUUCUGGGCGUGACUGGUUCCGUCCAGGAGUGGCUGCAACUGGAGCCGCCGGCGACGGAGGCCCUGAUCACCGCGGCGCCCGCGCGCAGCCAAUCGGAGAGUGACGACGAUGACGCGGGGCCUCUCGACCAAUCCGGGCAGAGCACCUCCAAGACCGUGCUCGUCUCUGAUUGGCUGCCGGCCGAGCCGCUGUCGGCGCAGCAGUUCACCGGUGUACCGACGUACGUGGACAACGAAGGGCUGAUCUACCUGCACGACGUGUCGCAGCAGGACACGCUGGACCUCAUCCGCAAGGCGCUGGACGUGCGCUUCCGCACCUCCCGCCCGCCCCGCGCCCGCCCCGCCGCCUGGGCGCCCGGCCAGCCCUGCGCCGCGCGCUUCUACCUCGACCAGCAGUUCUACCGCGGGCGCGUGCUGGCGGCGGACGCGGACGCCUGCCUCGUGCACUACGUGGACUACGGCAACGACGAGCGCUGCGCCGCCGCCGACCUGCGCCGCACGCUCGUGCUGCACCGCGUGCCCGUGCAGGCCGCGCGCUGCCGCCUGGCCCGCGUGGCCCCGCGCGCCGCCGUCUGGGACAAGACCACGCUCGACUACCUGCACAAGUCCAUCGUCGAGAAACAGUGCCUCAUCAAAGUCGCCGGCGAACCUGUCGACGGCGUCAUCCCCGUGGACAUUAAAAUCGAUAAAGUCUACAUCAACGAUCUAUUAGUUGAAUUAGAAAUGGCUUAUUACACUGAUGGCACGCAACCCGUCGUGCCCAAGUACGCGCCGGCCGCGCCGCCGUCCGCCGCCGAGACGGACUCCGGGCCCGACUACCUCGUGGACGAGGACAGCGACGAGCCCGCCUCGGAGCCGGACCCGGACCGCUCCGCCGACCUGGACCACUCCACCGACCUGGACCCCGCCGGCGACUGGGCGCGGCUCGUGGAGGACGAGGACGCCGCCGAGGAGUACCCCGGCGCGCGCGUCGGCGACCAGUUCCCGUGCCACGUCGCCUUCAUGACGGACCAGCACGUGGAGCUGGUGGCGGCGCCCUCCCCCGAGCAGCAGCGCCAGCACGACGAGCUGGCGGCGGCGCUGCAGCGCGCGGCGCCCGGCGCGCCCGUGCUGCGCCCGCCGCUGCCCGAGCACCGGCCGUGCCUGGCGCUGUUCCCGGCGGACGCGCGCUGGUACCGCGCCGCCGUGCAGGAGUGCAGCCCGGCGCGCCGCCUCGCGCGCGUGCGCUACGUGGACUUCGGCAACUCGGAGGUGGUGCCUCUGGAGCACGUCCGCGCGCUGCCGGCCGCCCUGGCGCGCGCGCCGCCCGCCGCCCUGCGCGCGCGCCUGCACCGCGUGGCCGCCCGCCCCGCGCGCGACCCCGCCGAGCUGCAGCGCCGCUACGAGGAGACCUUCCCGACCGACGCCUCGGUCCACGCCACGGUCGUCGCGGUGGACGGGCACGACGCGAGCGUGGAGCUGCGCGACGACCACGGCAACCUCGUCUACGAGAAUCUCAUCAAGGAAGGGAUAUUCCGGCUCACCGAUGAAGAUGAACCCACUGAUUAGUUUUUAGUUUGUUAUUAUUUCUCUUUGAUUUUAAUGUUGAUUUUUUGUUACCUCUAGACCUUGCCACUGUUGUUGAUUACAAUGUGAAGAAAAUAUUUUAACGGAAAAUAUAUUAUAUUUUCAUCUGUUUUUUCGGAAACAAUCAUUCCUACUUUUACGUAAGUAUUCAUAUAGUUAUAGAUUUGUUACUUUACUCUAAAUACUAUUAUAAGUAUUCAAAGACUGUGUAUCGUACGUUAACUAAUAAAACUUACUACAUUUA